GGCCUGAAAGUAAGCGACGGUGCGUGUGUCCGACUGUGUUCCGAGUUAUGUCCGUCUUCUUUCUUUCCUCUUUUCAAAACCGCGGCUUCUCUUUUUAACGCGUACACUAAGUUGUCGAAUGACCAAAAGCACCGAGGGUCCAUUCAUUUAACCGGAACGACAGGAAUUGUUUUAUUUUUUUUUCCACGGGCGGGAAGAGGUGACUCGACCCUCGGAAUGGAUAUGAGCUGAUAGCUAACGUUAGCUAAAGAUAGGUAGCUAGCUAGCUAACUUACCUAAGCUAACAGAAAAAAAGAAAGAAUCACAGAUUCGUUGCUCUGUCCCCAGCAUUGUGCUGACGAGCUAGCUAGCGCUAGUUACCUUAAGGAUAACAAACUUAAUAGCAGGCUAACCGAGCCCUCUGUAUAGCUAGUUUACUGAAAGGAUUUAACUUUGACGGAAGACGGCGAAAGCUUUCGGACGGGUGGAAGAGGCGUCACAAUGCUGUCGAACGCACAGAAUCAGCCGGCGUUCCCGAACCAGCAGCAGCAGCAGACUCUCCAGCAGCAGAACCCGGCGCAGUUCGCCCCGUUCCACGGCAAGCCCACGCUGCAGAUCAAGAAGAACGCCAUAACGGACGAUUAUAAGGUCACAAGUCAAGUGCUUGGUCUGGGCAUUAAUGGCAAGGUUUUGGAAAUCUUUCAGAAGAGAGACGGGGAGAAGUACGCUUUGAAGAUGCUGCAGGACUGUCCCAAGGCGCGGCGGGAGGUGGAGCUCCACUGGCGGGCCUCGCCCUGCGCCCACAUCGUGCGCAUCGUGGACGUCUACGAGAACCUCUACCAGGGCAGGAAGUGCCUGCUCAUCGUGAUGGAGUGCAUGGACGGGGGAGAACUAUUCAGCCGCAUCCAGGACCGGGGGGACCAGGCCUUCACUGAAAGAGAGGCCUCAGAUAUCAUGAAGAGUAUAGGGGAGGCCAUACAGUACUUACAUGCCAUCAACAUCGCACACAGGGAUGUCAAGCCAGAAAACCUGCUAUAUACCUCCAAAAGGCCCAAUGCAAUCCUCAAACUGACAGACUUUGGGUUUGCCAAAGAAACCACAACACACAACUCCCUUGCCACACCCUGCUAUACUCCAUACUACGUGGCUCCAGAGGUUCUUGGUCCGGAGAAGUAUGACAAGUCCUGCGACAUGUGGUCCUUGGGAGUCAUCAUGUAUAUCCUGCUCUGCGGAUACCCACCGUUCUAUUCCAACCACGGUCUGGCCAUUUCUCCUGGGAUGAAGAAGCGGAUCCGCAUGGGGCAGUACGAGUUUCCCAACCCAGAGUGGUCAGACGUCUCGGAGGAAGCUAAGCAGCUGAUCCGCACCCUCCUGAAGACAGAGCCCACGCAGCGGAUGACCAUAACGGAGUUCAUGAAUCACCCCUGGAUCAAUCAGUCAAUGGAAGUUCCCCAGACCCCCCUCCACACCAGCCGCGUUCUGAAGGAGGAGCAGGACACCUGGGAGGAUGUCAAGGAGGAAAUGACCAGUGCCCUUGCCACCAUGAGGGUGGACUAUGAGCAAAUCAAAAUCAAGACCAUCGAGGAUUCCUCCAAUCCGCUGUUGAUGAAGAGGAGGAAGAAGGCGAACAACACAGCGGCAGACACACAGACGCCGGCCACCUGAGAGACGCACCUGCCCAUGCUGCACACUCUCGGACGCACACACACAAAAGCGCGGUGCAAAGGAAGCAAUAACCUUC